AUUUCUAGGGUUUCAACGCCGCCUCAUUUUGUUCCCCCAAAACCCUAACCGUCGGAGAGGGGAGGAGAGGAGGGAGAGGAUGACGACGCGCUUCAAGAAGCACCGGAAGAAGCGAGGCCACGUGAGCGCCGGCCACGGCCGGAUCGGCAAGCACCGGAAGCACCCCGGCGGCCGCGGAAACGCCGGUGGGAUGCACCACCACCGGAUCCUCUUUGACAAGUACCACCCGGGUUACUUCGGCAAGGUCGGCAUGCGCUACUUCCACCGCCUCCGCAACAAGUUCUACUGCCCCACCGUCAACGUCGAACGCCUCUGGUCCUUCGUCCCCGACGACGUCAAGGCAGCCGCCGCCGGCGCCGGCGGAAGCUCUGCACCGAUGAUCGACGUCACCCAGUUCGGGUACUUUAAGGUGCUGGGCAAGGGUAUGCUGCCCCCCACCUGCCCCGUUGUCGUGAAGGCCAAGCUCGUCUCCAAGAUCGCCGAGAAGAAGAUCAAGGAGGCUGGCGGGGCCGUCGUACUCACAGCCUGAUGGUCUUUUCGUCUCUGUUUUUGGUCAGAUCUUGGUUUUCAUCUUUUGUUUCUUUGAACUCCUCUCUCGUUAGUUUGUUUUUGAUCUGCAAGCUCGUUUUUAUUUGAAUCUGGACGUGUUUAUAUCCAAAAUUUGGAUCUGAUUAUAAAUAUGUUUAGAGUAAUGAAGUGGUAAGCAUCGAUCCAUUUACUUAAUGAUCUAAUUUUGUGUAAGAUUUGAUAUCUAA